GUGCCCUCGAUGGUUUGACACCUCUAAUAAAAACAAAUAAAUGCAAUUUUAAAAACAUAAAACGCAAAUCGAACGGUUGCUUUGUGUAUCAAAGUGUCUAAGCUAGAGUUCCAGCCUAGUUGCGGCGAUUGGAUUGUUUCCAAUCCGCUAGCAUGUCCGAAGUAGAGUCCGAGCUGCUUAGAAAAGUGAAUGAGAAAAUCGAUCUGAUUGAGCCCACAACCGGAAAACUAUUUUUCGAGCACAAAACAGAGCUGGUUUUUUGUAGGCCGCACCUGAUGCCGCUAAAGACGCAGGCGCUGGAACGGCUGGAGGAAAUGCAUCGCGAAACUGCGCGACAAUUGCAAAAGAAGCGAAACAAUAAGAAAAUCACCGAGCCCCACAAGGAAUAGUCCCGGUCAUUAGAGCGGCCCGAAAUGAAAUAGUUAUUAUAUAUAGCCACUAAUCACAGCACAGACAAACACACACACAAACACUCACGGA